CACAUAUUUGUCUCUCUCUCUCUCACAUUAAAUUUUGAAUUAAAUCACCUUGGAUUACACUGGGCAUCAGUCAUCUCCUAAAAGAAGCACCUCUACAUAUGGGUCUUGAAUGGAUAACCAGCAACCGGGAAUAUUUCUAGUGCAAGCAAGGAUGAUGCCCAUUUCAGUGUUUGACUGCAUCUCCUUGACCGUGUAUUCCUUCACCUUCCUGCUUGGCCUCCCUGCCAACCUUCUGGUCUUCUUUGUCUAUGUGCGUAAAGCUCAAAAACAUGGCGCUACUCCUAAUGUGGUUUAUACUAUCAACUUGUGCUUCUCCAACCUUAUCUUGGUUGCCUGGAUGCCUGUAAAGUCCGCCUACACGGUUCUUGAUAUAUGGAUCCUACCAGAGUUGCUCUGUCCGAUUUACAACUUCUUUGUUGUGGCCUCGCUUUAUGGCAGUGGGCUCCUGCUGACAGCUGUGGCUGUUGGACGUUAUUUGAGUAUUGCCUUCCCAAUCAGCUAUAAAAUUUAUCGCCGUGCUCGCACAUCCUGCAUGAUUAGUGCUCUGUUGUGGGCUGUAGUAUUUAUGCAUCUCAGCUUAGCUUUAGUGGCAGAGAAAGGGGCCUACUUUGUGUCUCCAUUUAAGCCCAACACAUCAACGUGCUAUGAGAACUUUACUCGUGAGCAGCUGGAUAUCUUGGUGCCACUGCGCCUAGAGAUGGCGAUAAUGCUGUUUGCCAUGCCACUUCUGCUCUCUGUGUUCUGCACACUGCGCUGUCUAGCGUUGGUGAAACAAUCAUGCCUUUCGGCUGGCAGCAAGCGUCGCAUCCUGGCCAUGGAACUCUCAGCGCUCGUCGUCUUUGUGGUAUGUUACACACCGUACAACGUAUCUCACGUGGUUGGUUUCAUCAAGGACAACAACACUCACUGGAGACGUGAGGCCAUUGUCUCUAGCUGCUGUAAUGUCUUCCUCGAACCUGUGGUGAUGCUGAUGCUGUCGCCAUCAAGGCCAAAGGACCUACUCUGCAGACUGUGCUUGAAGCAGACCCCCAAGCAACAUCACGAAGGCAUUGUGCAAGCGAAGGACCCUCUGGCAACCAUGCAAAGAGGGACAAUGUCAAUCAAACGACAGUUAGCUUCUGAAUCUGUGAAAGUGACUUAAUAAUAAAGGAACACUUUAUUACAGGAAGACGUAUUACAGUCGAGCUUUUAAAAGGUAACUGAGUUAGUCCUUCUAACUACAUCAAAGAUUUCAGAUGGAUAGAUGGUG